AUGUCACUGUCAUCUAUUCAAAAGGAGGAGACCGGUGGUAACUACGAGCCCGUCCACAGGCUCACUGAACAAGUCGAGACCAAGACACACGAGGAGACGAGGAUGUCUUGCUUAACACUCUUCCGCUUCGAAACUACGAUUUCCGAGUGGAAGGAGCGUGGGACAGGUGACGUCCGACUUUUGCAGCACAAGGUGACCAAGAAGGUCCGUGUGCUCAUGCGCCGCGACAAGACUUUGAAGAUUUGCGCCAAUCAUUGUAUCGCUCUAGUCACUACCGACAUGAAGCUCCAGCCUAAUGUUGGCUCUGACCGUUCCUGGGUGUGGAAAGUUGCUGCUGAUAUUUCGGACGGUGAACCGACUGCCGAGACCCUUGCUAUUCGUUUUGCGAACAAGGAUAUCGCGGACGAGUACAAGAAGGCAUUCGAGGAUGCUCAGGCAGCUAUCGCCAAUCUCACGUCUGCUGACCCAGAUGAGCCACCAGCUGCUGCUCCCGAGCCAGAGGCCGAUGCUCCCGAUGCUCCAGCUGCUGGUGAAGACCCGCUACGGUUCCCGAGCCCGUACCGUAGCUCCGGCUACUGGGGAGGCAGAAGAGCAGGCCCCCGCGAGCACCGAGCCGGAGACGGCCGAACAGGCAAAGGUUGGGAAUCUGCUGAGGCUGAGACUGAGAGCAAAGAAGAAGAGAAGGCGCCAGUUGCGGAGGAAAGAAAGAUUAACUCUUUGCUAGAUAAUUUUUUUAGUCCGAUUCUCAAUGAAACGUAUGCCGCCUCGAAUGUGCUGAUUGUUGGGGUCAAGGGCUUGGGUGUCGAAAUCGCCAAGAACAUCGUCCUGGCCGGUGUCAAGUCUGUUACUCUCUUCGACCCCGAACCAGUUCAAGUCCAAGAUCUCGGUACACAGGUUAGACGUUUCAAAGAUCUCAUAGCGCGCCGCUUAACUCAUACCAUCAUCAUCAAUAUCCCUUGGCAGUUCUUCUUGCGCGAGUCGGAUGUGGAUCUUGGCGGUAGUCCCGGACAGGAGAUUACUGUGGACUUGAUCAAGGGAUUCCAGGCGGUCAUUUUGACAGAUGUUCCGCUUAGCAAGCAGCUGGAAAUUAACGACUGGACGCAUGAGAACGGUGUCCACUUUAUUUCUGCGGAGACUAGGGGGUUGUUUGGGUUUUCCGCAUUCAAUGACUUUGGACCCAAGUUUACAUGUAUUGAUGCUACCGGAGAACAGCCCUUGACCGGGAUGGUUGUUGAAAUCAGCAAGGACAAGGAUGGUAUUGUUACCUGUCUGGAUGAGACCCGACACGGUCUAGAAGACGGCAACUUUGUUACUUUCUCUGAAGUCAAGGGUCUUGAGGAACUUAAUGAUUGCGAGCCUCUCAAAGUCACCGUCAAGGGGCCUUAUACCUUUUCGAUUGGUCAAAAUGCCCAAGAUAUCGAAUUCAAAUCACUACGAGAGUCAUUGAAAUCGCCCGAAUUCUUCAUCACUGACUUUGCCAAGUUUGAUCGCCCUGCGACUCUUCACGCUGGUUUCCAAGCUCUCUCUGCCUUCAAGGAAAAACAUGGUCACCUUCCCAAGCCUAGGAAUCCAGCAGAUGCCGAGGCCGUGCUUGCACUAGCCAAGGAGAUUGCAGGAUCUGACGCGGAAGACCUGAACACCAAAGUCAUCCAGGAGCUUGCUUAUCAGGCGACCGGGGAUAUUCGCCGGUUAACGCCGUGA